AUGCUGCGGAUGCUGCACGGAUGUACGGCUGGUGAUGAAGAUGGAGUGACUGAACGGAAAAAAGCAAAUGAAGCCAACAAAAGUGCCUCCUACAUCCAAAGCACUCUACAUAGACUCUACGCAAUUGACCACAUAAACAUUGAAAGUAUGAGUUAUGAAUUUAUCAGCUUACUUCACGGAUCAGGCCUCAAGCAGGCCCGAGUCGGGUUUGGAAAUCUCUAUGGGAUGAUCAAUAUUAUCGCUGGUCUCAGUUCAUCUGAGUUGAGAAGGGGAACACCCCAGCAUGCACCUCCAUAUCCUGCAUUCCGGUACAAAUGCCGCUCCAAAACACUUCACGCCUCUCCUCUAAGCACUAUCGAAGAAUCUUAA